AUGGCCAAGGUGGCCAGUGCCUUCAUCCUCCUCCUCCUCACCACGCUGUGCUGCUGGAGCUGGGCUCAGAGAGCUCCAGCUGUGCCAGACAAGUGUUGCUUCAACUUCCAGACAAGAAGGAUCAAGAGGGACAACGUGGUUGCCUGCUACCCCACCAGCCCCGAGUGCCCCCACCGGGCUGUCAUCUUUAAGGUGAAGAGCGGGAGAGAGAUCUGUGCCCAGGCGAGCAGAGCCUGGGUGAAGAGAUACCAGCAGAGCUUCCAAGUCAGCUCCUUCUCCAUUCCCAGCUAG